UUUCAUGAUGGUGCUAGCAGCCAUGUGGGUGAGCGUUAGCUACCAACCCAAACAAAUGAUCUAGUCAAGAGACCAACAACACAAACACAUGGAAUAUACCACUACAAGCAGUUAGUGGAGUUACACAUGGACUACACUAAACAAGUUAAAUGUCUUAGCUAAUUCUGAUGAAAUGUUUUCCACUACGUGUAGCCUACUGGUCUGCUGAAUACUAUAAAAGCCUGAAGCCCUUCUCGCAGGCUCUAUUUCACUACUUUUUCUUUUUUUUAACCUACUUAACAAGGCAAGUCAGUUAAGAACAAAUUCUUAUUUACAAUGACAGCCUACACCAGAGACAUCCGGACGACGCUGGGUCAAUUGUGCGCCGCCCUAUGGGACUCCCAAACACGACCGGUUGUGAUACAGCCUGGAUUCGAACCAGGGUGUCUGUAGCACUGAGAUGCAGAUCGCUGCGCCACUCGGAAGCUUUGCGAUCCGUAUGUCGCGAUUUUUGACCUGGUUACAUGUAAAUUGAACAACACAGUAAUUUUCCGGCAUGUUUUGUUAUUUCUGUGUAACAAAAUCGACGACGAAAUUGGGGCUACUACAAUGGGGGUGAAUGGGAAAGAAUGUUUGUGUUCCACAAUUUGUCGGCGUGGUCGUGGGAAUUCCUUAUUAUUAAGUGACUGAGACUCAAGAGUCCGCUCCACCUCUCCAGACAAUUUCCAGCCACAGCCAGUGGCUUCUAAAGAAGGUAGCUCGUCCUAGGACACUGAAAAGGCCAGCCAGCCAGCUCUACUGAGUUUCCUCCAUACAGGCAGCGAGAUGAGUCAGUGGACGGCGCGCCGCGGGAUCCACAUGGACCAGUCGGAGCUGCUCUGCAACAAGGGCUGUGGUUACUAUGGUAACAUGGCCUGGCAGGGCCUGUGCUCCAAGUGCUGGCGGGAAGAGUACCAACGAGCCCGACAGAAGCAGAUCCAGGAAGACUGGGCCCUGGCUGAGAAGCUGCAGAAGGAGGAGGAGGCUGCCUAUGCCAGUAUCCAGGGGGCCCAGUCUCAGCCCCCGUCGCAGCCACAGGCUCAACCCCAGGCCUCUCUUGCCCCCUUCUCCAAGUUCGAGGAAAGGAAGACCAACGAGAAGACGCGCAAGGUGACCACCGUGAAGAAGUUCUUCAGUCCCUCGUCACGGACAGCCCCCAAGAAAGAGAACCUGGAGGGCAAGAUCCCCAGCCCCUCCAUCAGCCGCCAGUCCAGCAUCGAGACAGACCGCGUCUCCAGAGACUUUGUGGAAUUUCUGAAGACCCUGCAGAAGCCAGGCCGAGAAGUCCACAAGCAGAGCAGUGCCUUCAUCGAGAUCAUGGCCAACAAAAAGGACUUAGGUGCUGAUGAGCUGUCUGAGUGUGUCCAAGACUUCUACCAGAACAUGUCCGACCGCCUCAUGACCAAUUUUAAAGGCUCUUCAGAGCGUGUGGAGCAAGUGAUGGACGAGGUGGAGAAGUACAUUAUGACUCGCCUGUAUAAGAGCGUCUUCUGUCCCGAGACCACAGACGAUGAGAAGAAAGACCUGGCCACUCAGAACAGGAUACGGGCGUUACACUGGGUGGACAUUCAGAUGCUCUGUGUGCCAGUGGAUGAGGAGAUCCCAGCAGUGUCAGACAACGUGGUCAAAGCCAUAACAGACGUCAUCGAGAUGGACUCCAAGCGGGUACCAAGGGACAAGCUAACGUGCAUCACGCGCUGCAGCAAGCACAUCUUUAGCGCCAUCAAGAUCACCAAAAGCGAGCCAGGCUCGGCAGACGACUUCCUGCCCACCCUAAUCUACAUCGUACUGAAGGCCAACCCACCACGCCUGCAAUCCAACAUCCAGUACAUCACCCGCUUCUGCAACCCCAGCAGGCUCAUGACUGGAGAGGACGGAUACUACUUCACUAACCUGUGCUGUGCAGUUGCCUUCAUUGAAAAACUGGACGCCCAGUCCCUCAACCUGGACCCUGUGGACUUUGAGCGCUACAUGUCGGGCCAGGUCUCCCCUCGCAGGCCACAGGUGGACAGUGGCUGGCCACAGAUGGACACUGCUGCUUCCAUACCCGCCCUGGCCCAGGUCAACCAGAAUCUGGAUCUCCUGUCAGGCCUGGGGAGCCGGCAGGAAAGGGUUCUGGAGGGGGCGCGGAGCAUGCAGAGUGACCUGAUCACCUGGCAGGAGAGUGUGGCGCGAGAGGUGCAGGAAAUCCUGGAGAAGUACCCGUUGGAGAUCCGCCCACCUGCCCUCUCUGCCAUCGACUCGGACAACAUGGAAAACGACCGGCUGCCGCUGCCACUGACGCCCCAGGUGUUUGCUGGGUAAUAUCUCUCCAGAAUGGAAGGCAAGAGGGCUUCUUGAACUAAUGAUCCCGCCUCUCUGUAAUGGCUUGAGCCGUCAUUGGCUCUUUACUGUGGCGAGGUUCAGGAAUUGGCAGCCCCCUCGUGUCUAUACUGCUACCAUUUUAAACAUUCUCACACACUGUAAGCCAAGUAGACUUUUGUCCAUUUUGCCCCUAGACCCUUUCCCUAAAGCAUUCACAUUUUAAUUAAUAGAUAAAAAGGAAGGACUAAGUUUGAGGAAAAGGCUUAAGGGACCUUAAAUGGAACCAAGUCUUUACAAUGUUCCUGCAUACACAUACUCCUUUUAGACUAGCCCUCUUCAGAUCAGAUGGCCUGAGUUGGCAUUGGGCCCUAAUCUGUACUCCUCUACAUCCCUGCUGCACUGACACAGAUGGCACACUUUGAUACCGUAAGGUAACUUCUCCACCUUGUCGUGCUGAGGAAAGAGGCAUGUUAUUUUUAGAUGGCUGCUGGUGAAUUUGGGAAAUGCUGACUCCUGCACCUUGUGGUAUGAACUCUGCAGAAUUCUAUACUCUGUUUGCAUGUGCUUUCCUCCGAGCCUUCUUGAGUCACCAGCAAGGGAACAGUCUGCAGUCUAAUUGUGCGCAACGGGGAAAAAAGGAAUGAAUUUCCUCCUAAACUAAAGGUCUUAAGCGGGUUCUUAUAUGUGAGUAUGCCCCAAUGUGUGUGGUCUCAACUAAUAUUUUGAAUGCUAAUAUAGAGCGCUUAAUCGUCAGACUUAACUGAGAGGAAAGUAUGAAUUAGGGUACUUUUAACUUCUCUCAUUCAUUUUAGAUUGCAAUUAUGUGUCAGUAGGGCCAAGAGCCCUCACUGUAUAUAUUCAAGUUUGGACCUAGUUUUUCCUGAUGAUGUGAUCUGACCACGAAAACGUCCGUCCUCUACUCCUGUGGUAUGCCCAUGAAGCAAAGUAAUGCAGAAGAAUGCUUCUUGUUAUACCAUGGAAUUGCAGGGCAUGAUUUUUGUUUAAUGAAUCAACCAUGGUGUUGGUUUGCUGGUGCACCAAACUACAAUGUGCACUACAAUAGGGAAAUGAUAAUGUAUAUCCCUAAAUGAUCAAUGCAUUAAAAUGGAAUUUCUUCUUCCUGUUACAUACAGUAUGUAUUAGUGGGGGAUAAUAACAAUAUUGUUGGUGGGCAGUGUAAUGAUAACAGUUUGCAUUGUAACAUGUUAAUGUUGGAUAAACAAUAACUCCAUAUGGCAUGAGGAUAGGCAGAGCCCAUAACACUCCUCAAUUGACACUACCACUGUUUAACUUGAUCAAACAGUGUUUCAUUGUUUGUAAGAAUUCCUUGGUGCACUGCUGUUAUAUUUCUAAUUUGAUUUGCGAGUUUGAGGGUACAGAAUUCUGGCUCUAAAAAGAAGUCAAGGCAAUGAUACUACUUGAGCUAAAUGUGAGAACUUAUCCAUAGGCUUGCUAAUAUACAGUAUGUGGCACAGUAAUUUCAUUAUAAUCACAUUUCAAAUGUUCAUAAGAUAUUCAAGAGGAUGCCAGCCGAAUGAAACGAAGGAUAAAUAGAGGACUUCCACUUAAUACAGUAUUCAUGCUCCCCCCCCCCAUUUUGCAACAGAUCUUGGAACGGCAUCCUAACAUUUAGUUAUUCUUCAGAUAGAGUGGGACAUGUUACAAACUGUGAAACCUAAAGCUUGACCAAGACUCAAGUUACUGUGUUACGUACAAAAUGCCAGUGAACUGCUGAUAUGGAUUGUGGCAUGUUGUACAUCAUAGAAGUAAUUGUGAAAGAUGGAUGAUACCUGGGGAAUGUUCAGUAAGGUGAAAUGCUCAGAUCAAUGCAAAUUAUUUUGUGUAUGUUUAAGGAACACUUAACAGUUCAAUUUGAUUACCGCAUGAUAUUUACUCUAUUACAGGCCUUUUCUAUCUGCAAUCCAUUGAACAUUUUAAUCACCUGAAUAAGCCCCAGGUUGUAAUACUUCAACAUUACUCACUCUGCUGUCACACAGACAUAUGUACUCUACUUUAACACUGUAAUCAACUGUGACUGACUGCUGAGUCUCUAAAAGAUUUGUAAACAAGUAUGUGUAUAUUUGUGAACUUUUAAACUGAAUGGCACAUCACUAUUUAUUAUGGAAACGUAAUUUAUAAGAAUAGCCUUGUUUUACAGUGUGUAUUUAAUUGCCGUUCAAUGAAUAAACCCCAGGAAC